AUGGCUACUGUCAAACUUUCAGUUGUGAUGGCAAUCACCCUUAACAUGAUCUAUAAUUUUAGUUGCGACGGAUUCCCUGCAGCCCAAAAAACAAUCAACGAAAUAAAAGUUCCCGGAUUUAAUGAUGAGUAUUUUAUUAACCAAAAUGGGAUCGACUUAUUUCAACUUUAUUCCAAUGAGCAACCGGGUUCUGCAAUCCAGCAGAGGAGUCGCCGAGAUACAACAAAAGAAUCAAACUCCAUUACAGAAAAGGAAGUACAUCAUCAAGACUCCAGUAAAUUUGGAUUCGGUAUUAGGAUUUUCGACAAGCCACUGGUAUCAUUGGAAACCGGCAAAAGUCAUGUAGGCAACAAGUGGUCAUUGGAUAAUGAGACCAGCAGAGCAACGUCUUCUUCGGGCUCCUUAGGUUUCGGUAAAGAGCAGCACGAUACCAAUACGGUUGAAGAAACAAAAAAAGAAUCGGAAAACGACGAAUCAGGAGAGUCUGGUGUAAAACUCGGUUUUUUUGGAUUUAAAUCUGCACAGGCUGUCACUAGUCACAGCAGUUCUUCUCAUGAUCUUACGAGAACUCAUCAUCAAGGCUUUAGUCAUUCGAAAAUUACUUUCACCACAGAAAAAAGCGCAUUUGGGAAUAUAGCGUCAUGUUGUUCGUAA